AUGGCUCGUGAAUCGAAACACCGAAACACACGGACAGGUCGACCCCCUUCAUUUCUUAUGAUCUUACAAACUUUCCUGCAGAUGUUCUUAGCUUUAGCUUUCCUUCUUGCAGGAUGUCCAGUUCACGUAGCAGGCAACGGUCUCAAGGAAAAGGUAACUUUGCUUGCGGGAAGUCGUGGUGUAGUCCCAUUCCAUUUCCCAUGGUCCAAUAAUGAUACAUCCCAGGGCAUCCCAUAUUUUAAAGUUCGGUUCGAAUCGCAAAAUCAUCCAUUUUGCGUUGAUGGAAUACCUGAGAUAGAUGGGUUCAAAAGCUCAUCGCAGUUUUUAAGAUUUACGACAUCUUUCACAGACUUGGAGACAGCUCCCUGCGUAAAUCUUUUCAUAGAUGAUGUAGAUCCUGUAGACCAGGAUAAAUACAUAUUCACUGCAAUCUGGUACAGUUUAGGGGACAUAAGACACGAAGUUAUUAAGAAGGAGGUCGUUGUAAAGGUUCCACCAGGAUCAGCACAAUGCUUCAUUACUUUAAGUGACAAGUGCAAGUAUGGAUACGUUCAUUGUCGAGCCACUACUGGAACUGUUGCAACUUCACUAUCAUGUUACCAGAAUGAUCAAAAGCUUAACAUCCUUGAUGAUAUAUCAGAUAACGGGCAAACAAUCAGUGGUACAUUUUGUCUUCUUCAUGACACUACUUUCUCUUGCUGUUCACAUGAAGUCACGUCAGACGUAAGUGCUGCAACGUGCAAUGACUUCAUGUGGCCACCUCGCGAUCCUGCUAAACGUACAACAACACAGAAUAUACCUGCAUCCCUUGCCGAUACCAGCAGUAGUAGUCCUACUUACACCAAUCUUGACACGGGUCAUACGACCCACAUAGGAUUCGAUAUCGAUUCCGGGGCUUGUAGGCAAAAGCCUCCACUUUUCAAAUACUUGUUAUACCCGUUGAUUCACGUCCUUCACUUUGUCUACUAAAUGUGUACCUCUAUUAUUUCACAAAGGAAAUAAAUAUGUGUAUUUCACAUGUAGUGAAUACUUUCAAAAGUAACUUUUAAACAUUCCUUACCAUUUUUUAGGAUCUUACCUUUGAAAACAUACAAUCUUAAAAUCCAAUAUAAUAUCAAGAUUGUAUUAAAUUAAAGGCCUACAUGCUGAUCAAGAAUUAGUCGAUUUUAUUAAUCACUAGCUAUAUUUAAACUUUAGAGCUUUACAAUGGAUAUGAAUAUAUGAAUUUCCGUCAUGUAGGAUAAUGAGUUUUGAACACUUGAACACUUGAAAUACAAUUCAUUUUCAUUGAUACAAAAUUAUGUGCCGAGGUAAUUUCUAACCCAACAUGGAUGGAAUUUAGAUACUAUUUUCUGUUUACUCGUAUAUGACAUGUGAUAUAAAUACAUGGUACAAAAUACGAUUCACUAUAAAGAAUAUCAUUUACGCAAAUGAGGAAAACAGCCGAAAACACACUUGAUAGGGCAAGGUGACCCAGUGAUGACUUUUUUUCUUCACUUGAAUAAUAGAGGUAUUAUAGACACACAAAUCAGACUUUUCUCUUCAUGAGCAGCAGAUUUCUACAAAGAAAUCAUGUAGAUAUUGAAAAUAAAUUUAAAUUUUAUAUAGAGUUUAAAACUUAGAUAAAUAUAAGAGAUAGAACUUCGAAUGAGAAAAAAAAAAUAUAUAUUUUUAAAUCGAUUUUUUAAUUGGAAUUUCAGUCAUGGUAGGUUUAUGUUUGUGUAUAUACUGCUCAAUGUUCUUGUUUGACUACAUUCUUUCUCUCUAAAGAAAAUUAUAAGUGAUGUUUCAUUUUCUUUACCCAGUAUGCUUGGUAAUAAUGUGUAAUUAUUUGUUGUAUAGUUGUUUUCUUACAAUUUCUUACAGAAAAAAAAUGAUUGUUUCUGAACUUAAGACAGGCUUCACUGAAUAGUGUGGAAUAAUUUGAUAUCUAUCUGCAAUGUAAACAAAUACAAAUACAAAUAAAAAUAAAAAUUGGGAGUGUAUAUUACAACACGCUUACAUAUUCUUCUAUGUUCUUUUUAAGAUUAUAUUUGGGAUUUACUGCUGUAAAAUAGAAAGAAAAAUGUUAUGGUAUACACUUAAGGUUUGUAAAGCAAGUAAAUAUAUAUGCAAAGUAAAUUAAACUGUAUUCAUGCCUUAGCUUCUGUAAAUAUGAUUCCUUUUCUAAGCCAACGUGUCCAAUAUGUCUGAGAAGAAAUUUUAUUUUGUUCAUAUCUGUGUUUUUAA